UAACCUAAGGAACCGUAACCACCCAAAAACCAAAUACAUCUUACGAAUCUUUACAAUGAGUGACAGAAUGAGUGGCACAGAAGAAUUUGAGGGAGCAAUGGUUUUGCCUUCAAAGGAGAUUAUGGUUCCAAAAUGGAAGAAUGUGUUUAACGCAGUGGUUUGUUCUGCUUCUCUGACACCACUCGCCAUAGUUGGCCUCAACAUCAUGGGGCACUUCCUAUGGACUUCAGCAGAUCCAAACAAUAAGACAUUGGUCAUGCCGUCAUUCUACAACUACUGGAAUUGGUUCACCUAUUUGUUUCCUCUUCUGUUGAUCUUCAUGAUGCUAUUUGAAAUUUGUGAAGAUGAUACUGACGCGGCAUCAGCAUUAUUAUCAAAGCUAUGGAAGUGGUUUUCGUGUUCUGUUAGGCUUGUGUGUGUCAUAUGCUGCCUUUAUGCCAUCUUUAAAAAUUUAAUAUACAAUUCCAUCUGA